AUGUUUAAAUCUUCGGUACUGAGAUGUGUCAAGAAACCCUCUUCUACGCUAGAUUAUUCCAAACAUAUUCCAAAAGGCUACGUAGAACGAUUAAAAAGGACAGUCCCCAAAAAAGUAUAUUCUAACAGACUUGGAGCUCCAGAUAUUAUAAGAUGGGAAUUACCACCAGAGGAUUAUGUACCAGAACUUGAACGUCCCUGGGAACAGAAAGCUUUGAAAAAAAAUAUGCAACGUGCUUAUGAUUAUCACAGAUCACUGUUAGAUACAAAAUUCUUUAAAUUAAGGAAGCCUUCAUAUAACAAACCAUUACCAGAUGACGAAUGGUUUAUCUUCAAAGGUGAUUAUGUUAUGGUAAUGGUAGGAAAAGAUAAGUUCCGUAAGGGGAAAGUUGCCAAAGUUAAUAGAGAAACGAAUACUGUUAUUGUAGAUGGACUACACACGAAAUUUGAAGAUUUUUCGGAAGGAUUUGAAAAAUAUGGUGUUAGGCCAAUGAAAAGAUGGGCAGAACAACCACUGGAUGUAUCUAAAGGUGAAAUCAAACUUGUAAAUCCUUACGAUGAGGGGCCAACUGAUGCCGAAUGGAAGUUAAAUGCUGAUGGUACAGGAUAUAUCAGAUUAAGCAAAAGCACUGGUCAUGAAAUACCAUUACCAACAGAAGCUUUUAUGACUUAUGAGUAUAUUACACAAGAAAAAUAUUUGGAAAGCAAAAAAGAUACGAACGCAUCAGAUGUUUUAAAAAGAACUUAUGUACCAAAGUUAUGUAGUUUCGAAGAUGAGAUCAUGGAAAGCUUAGGCAUAAAGGAAGAAAAACAAAGAAAACCAAGUUUCUGGUAUUAG